UAUAAAAGGAUUGAAGAUCACUUAAAUAAGUCAGUACACAGAUUAAAAAAUAAUCAAAAAAGUUCUGUGAAAGUGAUUAUAACUACAAUGAACAGCAAAAGGAUCAACAUGAAGAUGUAAAAUAGGACAUCAAAAUCACAAAACAUGGCCCAGCGUGUGAGUGGGGUGGCCCUCACCCGUAGGCACCCAGAGGAGACCUGAGGACAGAGUCCUUGGGAGCGGCACCAAGGCCAGAACGGCUGCGGAUCUCUGGCCUGAGUCAGUGAUGAGCCCUGGGGACCCGGCCGGGUCCGGCCCGGUGCUCCCAUCAGCAUCCAACGUGCACCUCCCUGGGAACGACAACCGACCAGGUCCCUGUCUCUGGUUUCGGGAUGUACCCGGCAGGUUUUCUAUCAGAUGAUCCAUUGUAAUAAUGCUGGAGUUAAGAAGUCUCCAUUCCUUUGCUUGGAACCAGAAGACUUUUUGCCUUGCAUAUAGAGUAGGAGUAAUGUUGGUUAGAAACUGGCUGGUGUUUAAAACUGAAGAUUGUCAUGACUGUUUAACUGAAGCUCCAUGCUGAAGUAAGAUUAAUUGUCUUGGAAAUACUAAAUUGGGGUAACCUAAAUCUGUUUCUGGAGCCAUGAAAAUUUUGUUGGUUUUUGACUUUGACAAUAUAAUCAUAGAUGAUAAUAGUGACAUCUGGAUUGUACGGUGUGCUCCAGAGAAAGAGCUUCCUAUUGAACUACAAGAUUCUUAUGAAAAAGGAUUGUGGACAGAAUUUAUGGGCAGAGUCUUUAAGUAUUUGGGAGAUGAAGGUGUAAGAGAAGAUGAAAUGAAAAGAGCAAUGAUAUCAAUGCCUUUCACUCCAGGGGUGGUGGAACUUUUAAACUUUAUAAGAAAGUACAAGGAUAAAUUUGACUGGAUCAUUAUUUCAGAUUCAAAUUCAGGCUUCAUAGGUUGGGUUUUAGAAGCUACCAAUUUUCAUGACGUGUUUGAUAAAGUCUUUACAAAUCCAGCAGCUUUUUAUAGCAAUGAUCAUCUCACUGUGGAAAAUUAUCAUGCUCAUUCUUGCACUAGGUGCCCCAAAAGUCGUUGCAAAAAUGUAGUUUUGGUAGAAUUUGUAGGUAAACAGUUACAAUGAGGAGUGAAUUAUACACGAAUUGUUUAUAUAGGUGAUGGCAGAAACGAUGUCUGCCCAGUAACCUUCUUAAAGAAGAAUGAUGUUGCCCAGCCACAGAAAGGAUAUACUUUACAGAAAACUCUUUCUAGGAUGUCUCAAAAUCUUGAGCCUAUGGAGUCUUCUGUUGUAUCUUGGGCUUCAGGUGUUGAAAUAAUUUCUCAUUUACAAUUUCUAAUAAAGGAGUAAUAUACCA